CUCGUGGCCAAGCUGCUCCUGCCCACCCUCAGCAGCCUGGCCUUCCUCCCCACCGUCAGCAUCGCCGCCAAGAGGCGCUUCCACAUGGAGGCCAUGGUCUAUCUCUUCACCAUGUUCUUCGUGGCGAUAAAGAACCUGAGGCCAGAGAGGCUGAGCCGCGUCUGGGGAGCACCGGGCUUCCUUGGCCGCGGGCUGAGCCGGUCCAGUAGCUCCUCCCGGGACCCGGCUCGGGUGAGAGCCACGGCGUCUAUUCGAGAUGAGACACCGGGCACGUGGUGGACGUGGGACUCCUGUGCGGCACUGGCCGACUUCGACGAACCCAAGCGGUCAACCUUCGUGAUGUUCGGGGUCCUCACCAUUGCCGUCCGCGUCUACCACGACCGCUGGGGCUACGGGGUGUACUCGGGCCCCAUUGGCACAGCCGUCCUCAUCAUCGCGGCUAAGUGGCUGCAGCAGAUGAAGGAGAAGAAGGGGCUGUACCCCGACAGGAGCGUCUACACCCAGCAGAUAGGCCCCGGCCUCUGCUUCGGGGCCCUGGCCCUGAUGCUGCGCUUCUUCUUCGAGGACUGGGACUACACCUAUGUCCACAGCUUCUACCACUGCGCCCUGGCCAUGUCCUUCAUCCUGCUGCUGCCCAAGGUCAACAAGAAGGCGGGGAGCCCGGGGCCCCCGGCCAAGCUGGACUGCUCCACUCUGUGCUGCGCCUGUAUCUGACCUUGACCCCCGAC